CCUUGCCCGGUCCAAGUAAGUCAUUGCAGGUAAUCGACGGGUCUUGAUAGUAGGAAUGGGCCUGUCCCAGCCUACCCAUCGUCGAAUCAGCGCAUACAUAGAAUACACACAGUAACAAACACAGUACAGACGUAUUUGUUCGGGGGCGGUACAGAAACCCUAGACCCUCUGAAUCUUCACUUUCCAACCCUAUAAACGAGUCUUUUAUUCAUAUUACAACCUCUGGUAACCGACAUUCAAUCGGAAAGCAAGAAAAAAUAGUUAGGUAUGAAGCUAUUCGACGACAGUGAUAGCUCCGAUGACGACGUCGGGAAAAUUUCGAAGAUCGAAAUCGACGAAGAGUUCGCUCGCCGGUACGAGCACAACAAAAAACGCGAGGAUUUACAGAGACUUGCAGAGCUGAAGAAGAAAGGCCUCGCUGGAGAAGAAUCGGACAGUGACAGCGACGACUCUGAUGAAUCGUCAUCAGAAGACUUCGAUUUAGGUAAGAAAGAUGAUUUGAAAUUUUUUGAUGCCUUACUUAAAGUUAAAAACAAAGACCCAGGUCUUGAAAACAAAGAUGCUAAGUUGUUCGAAUCCGAAACCGAAGAGGAGAGUGAGGAAUCAGAGGACGAAGAAGGUUUAGGGAGAAAGAAAGUGAAGCCCAUGUAUUUAAAAGAUGUUACGGCGAAGCUUUUGAUUGAGGAGGGUCCCGAAUUUGAAGAAAACGAAGAGAAUGAGAAAGUGAAGAGCUAUGCGGAUGAGCAAGAGGAGUUAAAGAAGGCAUUUUUGGAUGCGGUUGGGGAGGCUAUGGAUGAUGACGACGGAGAGUUGUUGAAGGAGAAAGCAAACGAUAGUAAUGCGGAUGAGGAUGAUAGUGAUGACGAUGUUGAGAUUCAGACCAAGUUGGAUGAGUAUUUUGGUGAUGAUGAUAAAUUGGAUGAGAAUGAGAAGUUUUUGAAAGAUUAUUUUAGAAAUAAGAUGUGGGUUGACGAGAGCAAGGGUGAGAAUCCAUUGGUUGAAGAUGUUUUGGGCAUUUCAGAUGACGAAGAGGAGAUUGAGAAGCAAGACGAUUACGAGAGGGAGUUUAAUUUUAGGUUUGAGGAGAAAGCAGGGGAUAGGGUGUUGGGACACUCGAGGGUUGUGGAGGGUUCGGUGAGGAAGAAGGAGAAUGCCCGAAAGACACAGAGGAAGAGCAAGGAGGAGAGAAUGGCACACGCGGAGGUAGAGAGGAAGGAGGAGCUAAAACGCUUGAAGAAUUUGAAGAAGAAAGAGAUGAAUGAGAAGCUCAGAAAGAUUAGGGAAACGGCAGGAAUCGGUGAAGAUGUGUCUUGCUCGUUGGAUUUGGAUGAUCUUGAGAAGGAAUUUGAUCCUGAGGAUUAUGAUAGAAAGAUGAAGGAAGCAUUUGAUGAUGAUUACUAUGAGGCAAACGACGUAGAUCCUGAGUUUGGGAGCGAAGAUGACAGUGAAGCUGAGAAACCCGAUUUUGAUAAAGAAGAUGAGUUGCUUGGACUUUCCAAAGGUUGGGACUGUGUGUCUGGGUCUGGUGAUGGGUUCAUAGCUGCCAGAGAAAGAACUUUAAAACGUAAGGCAGACAGUGGAAGUAAUAAUGACCAGGUAGGAGGAGAAGAAUUAGUGCCUAAAGAUGGUAAGCAGAAGAAAAAGCAAAAAAUGUCCUCUCUCGAGAAGGAGGUUCUAGAUAAGGAGUUGGAGGAGUACUAUAAGUUGGACUAUGAGGAUACCAUAGAGGACCUCAAAACAAGGUUCAGGUACAAAGUGGUCAAUCCUCAAAAAUUUGGACUAAGUGCUGAGGAGAUCUUAAUGAUGGAUGACAAAGAAUUGAAUCAAUAUGUUUCUUUGAAGAAGCUGUCUCCUUAUAGGGAGAAGGAAUGGAGGGUGGCUCGAACUAAGAUUCACAACCUAAAACAGAGGAAUAAGCUGGUUCUUGAAGAAGAGAAAUUGAAUGGCCAGAAGACUGGUAGAAGGACCUCUAGAGAUGAUGGUCAAAGAAUGACUACAGUGACUGGUGCAGCAGAACAUGGGAAAGCACAACUGGAGGAAUCAAAUGACGAUAUGAGCAAGCUAUCCAGGAAAAGCAAGAGAAGACGUCGUCAAGCCGAAUUCAAACUAUCACAGUCAAGGCUUUUGGCAUAUGGGAAAAUCCCCUCUAAACCUAAGAAUAAAAAGCAGCAGUGAAAAUUGGCUUUGGUUUAGGCGGAUGCAGUAUUGGAGGUGAUCUCUUCCAUGAGAAUUUUAACUUUUUGGUAAUCAUGAUAUGUUUUUUGAAUUGGUAGAUAGAUUCUUUAGCAAUAUAUCUGCAACAUUUUCUUGAGACACUGAAAAACUCAGAAGACAGUUAGAAUCUUUGAUGCUUUUGAUUUGAGAACUCUUCGUUGUUAAUUUCUAUUUUACAUUU